ACUUUUGCUAAAGGCUGGGCUAACACACACAUUCGGGUAAUGUGUGAUAAUACCACUGCUGUGAAUGUAAUUAAUCAUAUGGGAAAAAGUCAUUCCGAUUCUUGUAAUUCAUUAGCCAAAGAAAUUUGGGAGUGGUGUAUAGCUAGGGACAUUUGGGCGAGUGUCGCCCAUAUUCCUGGUAAACAAAAUCUUGUUACUGAUUUCGAAUCUCGAAGGAAUCAAAGGGAAGCAGAAUGGCGGCUUAAUAAAGCUGCACUCCAAAAUGCUCUAUCCAGGUUAAAUUUUCGGCCUGACAUUGACCUAUUUGCUUCCCGCAUUAAUUACCUUUUUCCGAAGUAUGUUUCCUACAGACCAGACCCUGAAGCUUUUGCCAUAGAUGCCUUUUCCUUACAAUGGUCUAAACUGGAUUUUUACACAUUUCCACCUUUCAAUGUAAUUCCCGCAGUUUUGAGCAAAAUACAGAGAGAGGAAGCUCUAGUUGUCAUGUUGCCGGAUUGGCCAGCCCAAGGUUGGUAUCCCAAAGCUCUGGAGAUGCUGAAACAGGAACCAAUUAACCUCAAGGAAAGAAGGGGACCUACUUCGGUUACCAAGUCAUCCAGAGGAAGUACACCCAGUUUGGCACAAACUGAACCUCCUAGUCUGUCUCUUAUCAGGGAAAGUCUAGGUAAAUACAAUUUAUCAUCUAGUGCGAAAGAUGUCCUUAUGGCCUCUUGGAGAGAGGGUACUUCUAAGCAGUACCACACAUAUUUAAAGCGCUGGAGACAGUACUGUGAUGACAAGGAUAUUGAUCUAUUUCAACCCGGAGUACACAAUGGUGUCGAAUUUCUUGUCUCUUUAUACAAGGCUGGUCUUGGUUACAGUGCGGUAAACACAGCCCGUUCUGCCCUUUCUUCCCCCCUUAUUUUGGAAAACAAUGAAGAGUUUGGAGAUCACCCUUUGGUUGUUCGUGGCAUGAAGGGCAUUUUCGAAUUAAAGCCAUCCCUGCCAAAAUACAACGAGAUAUGGGAUGUUCGCGUUGUGUUGGAUUAUUUGAAGACCUUUGGUGCUUCAAUUGCUUUACUGCUUAAGGAACUCACGCUCAAGUUAACCAUGUUGCUGUGUCUUACCACUGGCCAGCGUGGACAAACUAUUCACAAGUUUGACAUUAACGAUAUACAGGACUUGGAUGAUCGGUAUAGAAUUUCUGUCCAUGAGAAGCUAAAGCAGACUAAACUAGGCAGACAUUUAGAGCCUAUAGAACUAUUGGCUUUUCCAGAGAACAAGGAACUUUGUGUUGUGCAACACUUGAGGGAAUAUAUCCAUCUUACUGACCCUUUGCGUAAAGAUCAUUCUCAGUUAUUAUUAAGUUAUGUCAAACCCUUUAAGCCAGUAGCUAGGGACACUGUUUCC